CACCUUAUGUUCUCUAUGUUAAUCCUCAAUGCUAAUGCGUUCUUAUGCAGAGCAAUAUGCAAAUUAAUUUUUAUCAGUGUACUGUCAUAGAAAGACGGAACAUAACCUCACUUUCCGGUAUUUUGGUGUAAAGUUCUGCAGCAAAUUCGUGAAUUUUUUCUUCACCCAAAAAGACUGAAAUUAGGGCAAAAAACAUGAGAAAUAGUGGAUUUAAUAGUCGUUUGAUGAAUGUAAUAAUAGCAAUAAGUGCAUUUAGCCUUGGGACACUCACAACACUUAUGGUGGUCAGUGAGAAUUCCAUGCAAAAGCCAAAUAUUCGGGAUGUCCGGAAAGGUCAUCUUGAGGCAGAAGGAGGAGCUCCUCAGGUCAGGAAACCCCAUCAUUUCCUUGUGAUCCUUAUUACAACUGCUCCUGGGAAUGUUCCCCAGAGGACAGCAAUGAGAGAGACAUGGCUCCGGAAUGGUUAUGUGUGGAAAUCCGAUGUUCCCUAUGAUGCCAAUUCCGUGUAUAUUCCUGCAUAUGAUCCGGAAACGGGUUUCCUACGCGCCGAGACGCCGGAUAUUCAGGAAUAUAGUCUCAAUGUUUACAAGAAGUGGAUGAAGAAGUAUAAGACAAUUAAUCCGGAUCUCGAUGGGCAGGAAAUGGGAAAUAUCUCAGUUGUGCACUUCUUUGCCGUGGGGAUGGCUGGAUUGAGGGCAGAGGAAGUGAAUGAUUUGCGGGAAGAGCAGAAGAAGCAUGAAGAUUUGCUACUUCUUGAGAAUAUUUGGGACAGCUAUAGCAAUUUAACGAGAAAAUUGCUUGAGAGUUUUCAUCGAAUUAAUGAGGAAUUUACAUUUGAUUAUCUCCUCAAGUGUGAUGAUGAUACCUUUGUGGAUUUAGCUAUUCUCCUGCAGGAUUUGCAGACCUAUCAUACGCAUUCGAGGAUUGUUUAUGGGAAGGAUGAUUCAACUUAUCCAUUUCCACGACUCUAUUGGGGCUACUUCCACGGGAAGGCGUACGUGAAGACAAGUGGUCAGUGGAAGGAGCAAAAUUUUGAUUUAUGCGACAGAUACAUGCCGUAUGCACUUGGAGGGGGCUACGUCUUGUCCGGGAGUCUCGUUGCCUACAUUGCAGAUCAUAGAAAUACCCUGAAAACCUUCCGAAGUGAAGAUAUUUCCGUUGGAACGUGGCUGGCACCCUUUAGGGAUGUCCACAGGCGGCAUGAUGCGCGCUUUGAUACAGCUUUUAUGGCCAGGAAGUGCCAGAGCUACCAUAUUGUUCUGCAUAAGCGCACAAUUGAGGAUAUGAGGCAUUUUCAGAGUGGUUUCACAUGUUCCCAAAUACAAAAUGAUGCCCUGAGGCGCCCCAAAGAAUACUUCUACAAUUGGCACAAACCCCCAACACAGUGCUGUGAUUCACUUGUUAACUGACACCAACUCCAUCCAGGCAAUUGAUUACCAUUCUCCGUCUUUUUUUCCAUUC